CCGUAGUUGCCGCCAAGGCUCAGCAGGAGGCAGCAGAGGCAGAACGUCAGCGGCUGGCCAAUGAGGCGGCAGCCCAAGCUCAGCAGACUUGAUGCUGGGCGGAGGUAGAGACGACUCACCUGGCUAACUUGAUGUUGGGCAUGAUGAGAGGCAUCAUAUGGAAUAACACACUGCUGCAGGCACAUCUGCGCACGGAACGACAGCAGCGACAAAAGUACCAGCAAGACAUUGCUGUUUUAACAACUGCCAUCCACGCCGAAGCAACGCAGCAGCAGCAACAGCAUCAGCUGUUGAAYUCCGCUCUCGCACGCAUCAACAGCAUUGAGGCUAACGCCUCAGCAGCGCCAGGCUGCACGACAGACGCGACGAAGCAACUCAAUGAGCGCAUCGAUCACGUCGUCACCAUCAUUGGCGACAUAGGUGUUUUCAAUGGGCCGGACACGAUCAGCAGCACGGUGGCCGCCAUCAAGACGGACAUCACCAAGCUGCAUACGAGACCGGACGCCGCUACAAAGACUUACAAAAUGCCGCACUUCGACAUCAGCAAGUUCGACGACUACAACAAAUCGGACGCCUUGACAUGGUGGCAACGUUUCCUCACGGAAGCAUCAUGCCACACUGUCCCGGCAGACGACAUGAUGAAGGCACUCUACUUGCAACUAAUUGGAGGAGCGCAGGCUUGGAUGAACCAUCUGGCGGCUACCAACAAAUGCACCAUCGCCAAACUCCACACGCACAUCACGUGGAAAGAGUUCGAGAAGCUAUGGGUCACCCGGUUCAUGGUCCGCAACGUCGUGAAGGCGGCCAUGAACGAGGUCGUCCUCAUCUACCUYGAUGACAUCUUGGUUUAUAGUAGGACGUUGGACGAGCACAUCGUACACCUUCGCGUUGUUCUGAAUCGUUUGCAACUAGCCAAGUACAAAGCGAAUCUCGACAAGUGCGAAUUCGCCAAGCAAGAGCUUGAGUACUUGGGUCAUUUUGUCACGCUGAAAGGCAUUCAUCCCUUAGCGGACAAGAUCCAAGCCAUCGUGGAUUGGCCGGAACCCCGUUGCACGACGGAUGUACGCUCUUUCAUGGGUUUGGCUGGAUAUUAUCAGYGAUUCGUCGAGUCAUACUCGAAAGUGGCCGCUCCUUUGUCGAGACUUCAGUCCCCGAAGGUGCCCUUUGAGUUCGACGACGCAGCCCGUGGCGCGUUCACUACGUUGAAGGCAGCAAUGCAAGCCGCACCUGCCCUCCAUAUAUACGACCCCACCCUACCCACCCAAGYGACUACGGACGCUUCGGGAUACGGUAUUGGUGCGGUGUUGGAACAGUGUCACGAGGACGGUUGGCAUCCGGUUGAGUAUUUCUCCCAGAAUGUGCCUCUCGUCAACACUCCCGACGACGCUAGGAAGAAAGAGCUACUCGCGUUCGUCACCGUUCUCAAAUGGUGGCGCCACUUUCUUCUCGGCCGUCGGCGUUUUAAAUGGAAUACGGACAACAAUCCUUUGACCUUKUAUAAAACGCAAGACACGGUCACUAGCACGAUCGGUCGAUGGAUGUAUUACAUCGACCAGUUCGAUUUUGMCCCGUGCCACAUCCCCGGCCCCGCCAAUCGAGCUGCGGACGCCCUCUCACGACGGCCCGACUUUUGUGCCAUUGUGACCACGGCAUUCGACCUCGAUGACGAUCUGCAGCCCCAUUUCGUCAAAGGCUACAAGUCCGAUCCGACUUACACUAAGCUUUCACGGAGCUUUCAUCGGAUCACCCGCCGGCUAGCCACUAUCGGAUUUCCAACGGGUUCCUUCUCCUUCACACGAGAGGAAAGGACUUUUUGCCACCGWAACAAGGGUCGAUCUCGAGUCCCCUUCGGCGAACUGAAACCGUUGCCGAUCCCUCGGGCACCAUGCCUCUCCAUUGCUAUGGACGUGACAAACCCGUUUCCUCGCGAUCGCCACGGCCAUGACGGUAUUCUCACGGUCGUUGACCGUUUGAGCAAGUAUGCUCGCUUCCUUCCUUGCAAGUAUCAUGCUGCAGCGCCUGAGCUCGCACGGCUCUUGCACACCGGUUGGAUUACCAACCAAGGUGUUCCGGAAGACAUAGUGAGCGACCGAGAUACUCGUUUCAUGUCAGCCUUUUGGACUUCCCUCAUGGCCGAGUCUGGUACGACAAUGAAACCGAGCUCGGCUCGGCACCCGCAGACGGAUGGUCAGACGGAACGAGCGCACCAGACCGCUCAGAUGAUGUUGCGUACGCUCAUCCGUCCCGACCAGAAAGAUUGGGUUGACCGGCUUCCCGACAUCGAGUUCGCCUAUAACACUUCGGUGCACCCGGCGAUCUGUGUCACACCAUUCGAGUUACAUCAUGGUGGAGAGAAAGCACGGAUCUUCGCUGAUCUCCUUUUGCCAGAGGCUGCCGACAUAGACGCCCCUUGCUCUCCCGCUUCCGUCCGGAAGUACCGGGACUUGCUGAUCAAAGCCCGCACAAAUAUGCAAAAGGCUCAGCUCCGCAUGCAGCAGCAAGCUAACCGACGUUGACUUCCAUGUCCUUUCCGCGAGGGAGACCUUGUUUGGGUCCUCUUCGAGGAAUUUGCGCUCGAGCAGGACGUUUCG